AUGAGGCCAGUAGUACCAGAAGAAGUCGGCGAUUUGCUGAAGUCGCGGCCAGUUAUGAUUUUCAACAGGACACUCUUAGGGCCAGCCUAUAUCGAAAGUAUCGUCUCUUCCUCGCCGGCACUCGUCACCUCCCAAGGAGGAAAAGCACUACCACUUGAGGUCUGGGACAUGAUUCUCGACUUCUCAAAUCGCUGCCCAGAGAACCACCAGUAUUCCCUCGUACGACCCAAGCGGCUACAGACAAGCGCGAGAGGCGACGAACUUGUCUGCGACAUGUAUAAACGCUGGUGGUGGCCCUUUGGCAACACCUAUUGCCUCAAAGGAAUCGAGAUGCUUCGAUUCUACUUGGCACAUCCCGACGAACCCAGCGAAUCGGACCAUCCCGACCUGAAUUCAAUACGCCUCAGCUCCUUCUACUACUCAUUCCCCAACUCCCUCCGAUCUCCAUUCGCCAUCUCCUCCCUCUUUCCAUUCGACGGCUACUUCGACUUAUCCGAAUACCUCGACUUCUUCGACAUGUACGUUUCAUCCUGCGCCUUUCCCACGGCUUUGCUCGCAUCAAAGACCGAGUUUCUCCAUGUGGAGCUCACGGUUUCAGAUGUCAUCAAGAAUCUCGAGGACGGCAAUUCACGUGAUUGGGAGCGACUUUGA